AUGGGAUUAGUUUCUCAACUUGCUCUUGUUGUAGCCGCCUUCGCGGGCCACAGCUUCACAGCUUCAGCUUCAGCCAGCGCUAAGUACUGCGAUGAGACUACUGGGGUCUGCUACUCUGAAAUCUCGGUAGGAGUAGCCCCGAUAACUUGGCGCAUCGCCAUCCCAGCUGUAGAUGAGGGUCCUUUCGACGUCCUCCUCCAAGUAGUUGCGCCAAAGACAGUUGGCUGGGCAGGUAUCGCCUGGGGAGGCGGUAUGCUGUACAAUCCCAUCACUCUAGGUUGGGCAAAUGGAAAUAGCACUGUGGCAGCAGCUCGAUUUGCGACAGCCCAUGUUCAGCCGGAAAUAUACGAGUCGGCAAACCACACUGUACUUCAGGGGUCAACGGCGAAUGCAACUCACUGGACCCUAACUACACUCUGUCAGGGAUGCAGUACAUGGAUCCAUAACGGGGGUGCGAGAGAAGCUCUAGAUCCCGGAGCGACGGCCGCAAGCUUCGCGUUCGCCGCGUCGGCAGUACCUCCGGUUGACCCGACCGACCCCCUAUCCCCUUUCGGCAUCCACUCGGAACAUGGCAUCUUCACAUUAGACUUGGCUGCUGCUAAGUCAGAACAGUUCAAUUCCUGGGUCGAUAAAUUGGAAGUAAAGACUUAG